AUGCUUCCUUUCAGACUCCUCAGAGAACAUCUUGGAGAAAAAGAAGUUGAGUUGACAUUGAUCUUUGAUGCCGUGGAGGAGGCAGACUUGGCAAACUAUACGUGUCACGUGGAGAACAGGAACGGGCGGAAGCACGCCAGCGUUCUCCUGCGCAGGAAAGAUUUGAUCUACAAAAUAGAGCUUGCUGGAGGACUGGGAGCCAUCCUUCUUCUGCUUAUUUUGCUUGUGACCAUCUAUAAGUGCUACAACAUAGAGUUAAUGCUGUUCUACAGACAGAACUUUGGAGGAGAUGAAGCAGCUGAUGACAACAAGGAAUAUGAUGCUUAUCUUUCAUACACCAAAGUGGAUCCUGAUGCGUUAGAUUGUGAUAAUAAUGAAGAGGAGCAGUUUGCACUUGAAAUUCUGCCAGAUGUUCUAGAAAAGCACUAUGGAUAUAAGCUCUUCAUACCAGACAGGGACCUGAUCCCUAGUGGAACCUACAUUGAAGAUCUCACAAGAUGUGUUGAACAAAGCAGAAGACUCAUUAUCGUGUUAACUCCAGACUAUGUUCUCAGGAGAGGAUGGAGUAUUUUUGAGAUGGAAAACAGACUCCAUAACAUGCUAGUCAGUGGAGAAAUCAAAGUUAUUUUGAUUGAGUGUACUGAAUUAAAAGGGAAGGUGAAUUAUCACGAAGUGGAAUCUUUAAAGCACACCAUCAAACUUCUCUCAGUGGUCAAGUGGAAAGGACCAAAAAGCAGCAAACUGAAUUCUAAGUUUUGGAAGCGCCUAGUCUUUGAAAUGCCAGGGAAGAAAAAGGAGGUGGUGUCUCGGCAUCAGGUCCUGGAUUCUGCAGAGCAGGGCCUCUUUGGAGAUCUCCAGACUGUACCCUCUCUUGCUGUGACAGGCACGUCUGCCACGCUGGUAGAAUCGCGGGCUGAUUUAACUGAUUACCACCAAGCAGACUCUGUGCAAAUGAGACAUUACUGCAGAGGCUACGAGUACGAUGUGUCAGCAGCCACGUUGCCACUGGCCUCCAUAAGCAACCAUCACACAUACUGUAACAUUCCUCUGACGCUACUAAAUGGACAGCUACCUCUUAACAAUGCCAUGAAGGACCCCCAGGAGUUUCACAGGAACAACCCACUGCUGCCUUUAUCAGCAAAGGAGCUUAGCUUCACCAGUGAUAUUUGGUAG